AUGUCUUCGGAAUAUCCAACUCGAAAGAGCGCAGACAUCGCGAAAGAUAAUGAGAUACCUCUGGAGCGUAUCGAGUCCAUCGUCAAGACCGGAGAGGUGGAACACCUGCAAGAGGGUUUCAAUGUCUGGUCGUUGGGCGCAUUGCUGGUGUGCCUCAUGGCAACAUGGGAAGCCCUUGCGACAGUCGUGGCCUCCGCGUUGAACAAUGGCGGACCUCCGUGCCUCUUCUACAACUACAUAAUCUCGUUUCUCGGAACGCUCGCUCUUGCAGCAUCCAUGGCUGAGAUGGCUUCGAUGUACCCAACAGCUGGCGCUCAAUACGUGUGGGUGGCCUUGCUAGCACCAUCUAAAAUUCGACCGCUCUCAUCGUGGCUUACCGGAUGGAUCAAUAUUGGAGGACAGCUCGCUCUCACAGCCUCGGCCGCGCUCUCAGCAGGUCUGCUCUUCCAAGCGCUGCUCAUACUCAACAACCCAAGCUACACACCUCAGCGAUGGCACGGAGUCAUGUUCUAUUGGCUUGUGUUGGCAUACUCACUGGUGGUCAAUGUGUAUGGAGAAAGAUUUCUGGCACACAGCAACAACGCAGCAGGUGUCCUGCAUCUGUCUGGCUUCGUUGUCGUCGUUAUUGUCAUGGGAUUGAUGACAAAGGACAUGCAUGACGCCUCGUAUGUCUUCACUGACUUCUCCAACACCAGUGGCUGGAGCAGUGAUGGUGUGAGCUGGCUUGUCGGUCUUCUCUCGACCAUCUAUCCUUUUCUCGGAUACGAUGCCGCUGCACAUCUUUCCGAAGAACUCCCGCAUCCCUCGAAAUACGUCCCCAUCGCAAUGCUAGGCUCUAUCGUAGUGAACGGCAUUAUGGGUCUGGUCUACUGCAUCAUUAUCCUCUUCUGCCUAGGAGACCUGUCAGAACUUCUCACAUCACCCACCGGCUUUCCCUUUGUCCAGCUCUACUACAACAUCACCUCGAGCCAUGUGGGAGCGACGUUCCUGACGCUGAUUCACGCCUUCAUCGCCCUGGCAGCAAAUUCUUCUGGCCUUACAUCCACGAGCCGGACGGCAUGGGCAUUCGCCAGAGACAGAGCCUUUCCCUUUUCACCAUUCUUUGCCCACCUAGACAGGAGAAGUGGGCUUCCAGUAAGAAUGUGCAUUCUUCUUACAAUUCUCCAAUUCCUUCUUGGACUGGUAUACAUCGGCAACACCACAGCCUUCAAUGCCGUGAUCUCCAUGGCGGUCCUCGGCAUGUAUUUGUCAUAUGUGCUUCCCAUUGCAUUCAUGCUGGUAUAUGGCCGCAGAGCCGAGACGUCGCAUCCGUCAGGAUACUUCAGUCUCGGUCGUUGGGGCUCGACUGUCAACAUUAUCGCCUUGCUAUGGGGAUCCGUUGCCAUGUUGUUCAGCAUGUUUCCCAGCGUGCAACCAGUCAACGCGCAGAAUAUGAAUUAUGCUUCUCUUGUGCUUGGCGGCUGGACGAUGCUGGGGGCUAUCUACUACUACUUCUUUCAACGGCAGACGUUUCAAGGGCCGAUCGAGUUUCGUUGA